GCGGUGGCCAUUUUGGCCGGGUUUUGGAAUCGCGGUAAAACAAAAAGACUGCAUCUGCAGGGUUGUCUGGGCCCCCCCUUUGGCCCUGGUAUUUUGUGUUCAAGCUUAACCAACCCAAAAGUCUUGUUCUUUUAUUUCCUUUCUACUUUCCCUACUCUUCUUCUCUUUUCUUGGCCAACCACGCGGAACUGGAUUCUCGUCGGGCUGUUUUUAGGGUCUUUUUGUAUUUCUGGAAAUAGCUUCACUUCGUAUUCUGUAAAGCCUGGUUGCUUUUUUUUCUUUUAUUUUCUCCCCUCCUUUCCGCAGCAGUUCAAGAUGUCGACCAUCCGCUCCUUUUCCUCCUUUUUCCUGCUCCUCCUCCUCGGUGUCCUCAGCGGCGGCGCCGAGGCGCAGAGGAGGCAGAGACAGGGCGGCGGCGGGGCGCGGCAGACGCCGCAGCAACAGGCGGCCGCCGUCAGGCAGGGCGUGUCGGCGGCGACGGACGGGUCGACCAUCCUGGACAUGACGGCCACCAUCAACGGCGCCGACAUCCGCUUCAAGAUCAGCGGCCCCGCCGACCAGUUCACCACGGCGUCUGGCGUCACGGGCGGCACGCAGGAGCCCAACGCGACGACGGGCACCAUGGGGCUCAACGUGCUCCUGCACGGCGACGGCGGGCAGUCCUUCUUCGACUUCCCCAACCAGGCCGUGCAGGGCAACCUCAUGGGCGUCGCCGUCCUGGCCCCCUCGGAGAACCUGCUCUGGGGCAUCCGCACCGGCCCUCCCCUGGGCGACCAGCGGCCCGACGGCGUGGCCGACGCCCAGGCCGUCAGCGACCUGGUCCGGUCCGUCCUCCCGCAGGUCGCCGCCUUCAACAUGUCAAACGUCUUCUUCACGGGCGUGUCGGGCGGCGCCCUCGUGCUGUCGGGCUUCUUCAUGCCCGCGCACAUGACCGAGUUCAAGGGGACGGGCGUGCUGCUCAACUGCGGCGCGCUCGCGCCGCAGGUCGACUUUGUCGACGCCGCCGCCGUCGUGUCGUCGACCAAGAUCCACUUCCAGUCCUCGACCGACGAGCUGGCCAGCCUCAAGCGCACCAUCCCGCAGAGCAUCGCGGCGUACGAGAAGGCGGCGGCGGACGCGGGCCUGGCGGCCGCGCAGAUCAACGCGCUGCAGACGGUGGACGCGACGCCCAACGGGGGCCACUGCGCCUUUGACGGCAAGGGGUUUGUCAGCGGCAUCCAGCUCGUGGCUGACAAUUUCGAGACCAUCAUGCAGGGCGGCGACGGCGUCGUGCAGGCCAUCGGUGCAAAGUCGGUGCUUACGGGUGUCGUGGGCAACGAGAACCCGUUCGCCGCCGCCGGUGCCGGUGCUGGUGCUGGUGCUGGUCGUGGCCGUGGCGGCGCCGCUGCUGGCGGUGCUGCUGGCGGUGCUGCGACACAGAGGACUGGGGGUGGCGCUGCGAGGGCUGGAGCGCAGGGGAGGAACAGGGCAUAGAGCAGGCAGUAGUUUGGGAGUGAUUUAUUGUACCUCAGUAGCCAAUCUCGAAACCGCCAUGCUAGCUGUUCCAACCUUGUUCGAACCGUCAUCAUCGCCAACCCGCUCAGCAAACAG